GCUUUUUUGCUUUAGUUGAGAGAAAAUCGUCGCUUAGUUAACGUCGCCCCACAAAAGAACACCUCGAACGCAAAAUAAAUUUAAAGAAAUCAAUCAAUUAACGACAACAGCCCUAACUUAGUGCUGGUGUUUAUUGUAAAUAAAAAGAAAAAUUAAAGUUUUAUGUGAAGUUUUCUGUGCAUAGUUGCUGAAGGUUAAAACCGUAAAACCGUAUAUCGAAAAAUAAGCACAUAUAUCUAUAUACCCCUAUAUAUAUACACACACACAUAUAUAUGUAUAUUGGUAUAUAAGAAAAGAGCUUACGAAACAAAAAUCUCGUGUACAAAAAGUCCAAUUUUUUUAACCAACAGUUUCGAAUUGUUCAAGAAACAACAACAACAACAACAACCACGAUAAUAACAAACAACAACAAACAAACAAUUUAUCUGGAUUGAAGCUACAUCGCCAGUUAUAUAUAUAUAUAUACAACUUAUAUAUAUAAUAUAUAUUCACACAAAAUUUUAAGAAAUUUUUCAAGCACCCUCCUUCCUUCCUGGAUUCCGAAUUUUAGUGCAAUAGGAAAAUGGCCCAACCGCAAUUGCUGCAAAUCAAAUUGUCACGUUUCGAUGCCCAGCCCUGGGGAUUUCGCCUGCAGGGCGGCGUCGACUUCGCCCAGCCCCUGCUAGUGCAAAAGGUGAAUGCUGGCAGUCUAGCGGAGCAGGCUGGCCUACAGCCAGGCGAUGCUGUCAUUAAGAUCAAUGACGUGGACGUCUUCAACUGUCGCCACAAGGAUGCCCAGGACAUUGUUGUGCGCUCGGGCAACAAUUUUGUCAUCACAGUGCAGCGUGGCGGCUCUACUUGGCGUCCACAGGUUACGCCCACUGGCAACGUGCCGCAGGUCAAUUCGCCCUAUUUGCAGACAGUGACGAAAACUUCUCUGGCUCAUCAUCAGACCGAUAGCCAGCAUAUUGGCUGCGGCUACAACAACUCGGCGCGUCCAUUUGCCAACGGCGGCGGCGACGGCGGCGUGAAGAGCAUCGUCAAUAAACAAUACAACACCCCGGUUGGCAUUUACAGCGAUGAAUCUAUUGCGGAAACCCUCUCCGCUCAGGCGGAGGUUUUGGCUGGCGGUGUUCUAGGUGUGAACUUUAAGAAGAACGAAAAGGAAUACCAGGCUGACCGCUCGGAGGUGUUGAAGUUCCUGCGCGAGGAGGAGACGGGACAAUCGACUCCAGAGCCGCACAGCCCGGCGAACUUCUACUGGACGCAGAGCCAUGCGAUUGGCGGCAACGAGCGACGCACGCCGCUGCCCCACAGCCAGGUGCAGCAGGGCCUCGGACAGGACGAACGCAUCGGCACCAAUUUACAGCAAAAUACGCUGGCGCCGGCGGCCACGCAUCGACCCAGUCUGCCCGUUGCUAAGCCCCAGCAGCAACAGCAGCAGCAGCAGAAACAGCAGCAGGAGCAGCAGGAAAAGCAGCAGGAGGAAUUGCACGAUCCGCGCAUCAUUGUCAUGCCCAUAUGCCCCGCUCUGCAGGGCCCAGAGUACAAGGCCGAGAUGGAUGCUGCGGCGGCGGCACUGGCCAGCGACUCGGAUGGCGUGCGUCCAUUGUCCGCCAGCGGACAUCCGGCCUGUCAAUUGUGCGGCGUGGGCAUUGUCGGUGUCUUUGUGCGCAUCAAGGACAAGAACCUGCACGUGGAGUGCUUCAAGUGCGCCACCUGUGGCACCUCCCUGAAGAACCAGGGCUACUACAACUUCAACAACAAGCUCUAUUGCGACGUCCAUGCCAAGAUGGCCGCCCAGGCGCAUCCGCCACCUGGCACCGAGGGCUAUGUGCCAGUGCCCAUUAAGCCGAAUACCAAGCUGAGCGCCAGCACGAUUUCUUCGGCCUUGAGCUCGCAUGGCUAUGGCAGCAAUGGCUAUGCCAAUGGCAAUGCCACGCCCACUCCGGCACCGGCAAAGCCAACAGCAGCAGCAGCAGCAGCAGCAGCAGCAGCAACAGCAGCAACAGCUACUGCCGCAGCUACAGCUUCAGCUCAGUCAGAUAUAAUGUCAGCCAACGUGGCGGAUGAGCAAUAUUUAAUUAAUAACAACAAUUGCUUUGGCGACGCCGCCCCCGCUGCCAACGGCGCUGCCGCUGCGUGUUCAGUUCCCUCUGCGGCAGCGAGCGGCUCUGAGCAGCCGUUCGAGUAUGUCACCUUGACCGGAAAUGUAAUACGCAGCGUGCAGCCGCCUGGCAAAGGCAAUGCCCCACCCAGCUAUCGGGUCAACCAGGGCUAUGCUCGGCCCUAUGGCGCCUCUCAGGCGCCCGCGGCAGCGCCCAAGUCUCCGGUGCCGGUCUCCUAUCCACCCCAGCAGCAGCAGCAGCAGCAGCGUCCAGGUGGCAACGCCUACGCCACUUUGCCACGCUCGAAUGUUGGUCAACAAGAAUUGGAGGCGGAAGGCUUGCAGCCGCAAUACGAGGAGGAAUGCUACGAGGAGGAUGUCGAGGUUGCCAUGGCAGCCAGCCGUCGCUCGCAUGGCAGCAGCUUUUCGUGGCCACCGCCACAGGAUGAAAGUCAUACGGCACCAACCGCUGCACCACUCUAUAUAGCCCCACCCGAAACGCAGCACGUGGUGGUGGCGAAGCCUGUGCAGGAGGUGCCGCCCCUGCCGCCGGGUAGCGCUAGCUCGCGCCUCGAUCCGCAGCCGCAGGAGCGGUCUCAAGCGAACAAGUCGCAGCAGCCUUCGCAGGCUCCACAGGCUCCACAGGCUCCACAGUGGCAGAGCUACUCAGCACCGCAGCUGACGCAGCAGCGCGUGCAGCAGACUCAAAUGGAGCAAGAGUCGAGCUCGGACAGCUAUACGUCCACAUCGACAACCACAACAACCACCUCGGAGGAGUAUCAGCGCAUGUACGCCGCCCAGCUGCAGGCCUAUCAAAUGCAGCAGGCGUGCUACGAGCAGUCGGGCUCUGAGCUGGACUACCAGCUGGAUCAGGACGCGCAGGAUUAUGCCUCGGGCAGGCGCAGUGCCCAGGAGUGCGUCGACUCGCUCUCAGCGCCAUUGAGCACCUACAAGCUAAUCGAUAUGGUAAGGGAGGUGACGCCCAGUCCCGUGUCUACUCCAGCUCCUGGUGCAGCUCCUGCUCCUGCUCCUGCUGCUGCUCCACCUGCUCGUCACGUGGCGUUCAACGAUGAGCCAGAGAUCAAGGAGCUGCACACUGAGCUGGAGACGAUACCCGAGUCGGCCGAGGACCGCGAGGGCCUCAUCAUUGAGCAGCGCUGCCAGAUACUCGAGAGCGAGCGCAUGUUCCAGGCCACGCCAGAGAUUAAGAUCGAGAUAGCACCCGUGCGUCAGCGGCCACCACCCUCCAAGAUACCCAAUCCCAUGCCAAAGGAAUGGAUCAACCCCAUGAUUCGUGUGCUUACCACAGCCCCGGAGGUGCCUUUCCACCUUGUCGAGUGUCCGUUCCCCAAGCCUUGCGACGAUAACUUCGAGGCGGAGGCAGCUGCUGCUGAAGACGCAGCCGAGCAGGCAGCUCAACAAGCUGCAGUUGCUCCACCUCCACCACCGGCUCCGGCUCCGGCUCCUGCUGUCGCUCCCGCUGCUGCUGUAGAUGCCUAUGCCGUUCAGCUGUUGCGCGAGUCGCCGCCACGUGGCAAUCGACUCAGUCAGGCUAUGGCUACAGCGCCGGAGUUUCCAGUUCGCUUCGCCCCGCCCGCAGCCGAGGGCGUUCCACUACCCGAAGAAACAGUACCCUAUAUGCCGCCGCCCAUGGAUAUGAAGCCGUACAUGCGCGAAGAUUAUCGUCCAAAGAGUCCGUUCGUGAGCGCCUUGACCACCGCCCCGGAGCGACCCUUCGAGGGUCACUUCGACCGGGAUGUUCCCAUCCAUAUGAUAGACCUGCCCACACCCAAGGAGCACCUGAGCAUGUGCGACGCACUGUGCACAGCGCCCGAACGUGGCUAUACCCCACUCAAUCCCGAGAACGCGACGCAGCGCCGUGAGGAGGAGCAAAAACAGCAAGAGCUAAAGAAGUAUGAAUUUCAGGUGCUCGAUCAUGAGGAGGAACUGGGCAUCAAGCCGGAGCCGCCCGAGUCUGUGGAGUACUUCAAAACGCAGCCUCAACAGCAGCGCAAAUCCUCCGCAUUUGCGGCCAUGCAAGCAUUCCAGCCGUCUCGCGAGCCACUUUCCUCCAACGCCAACGCCAACACCAAUACCAACUCCAACUCCAACUACUCCAAUUCCUCCGCGUCCAACUCGAACACUGUCACAAGUUCCCUAACGAAAGAACAGAACGAUCUUGAGUACCAGAAGUACUGCAAGGCGCAGCAGCGCAAUCAAAAGCGACUCGACUACUUUCACAAAAAGGAAGAGGAGCUCAACCAGAAUCAAACACAGAUGAAACUUUUUGAGACUAACUCGUCUAAUUCGAAUGCGAAUGCUGCGACUGCUUCCUCUAACUCCUCUUCCACAGUCCAACAGCCCAACAACAUCAACAUCAACAGCAACAACAACAACAACAGCAAUAACAGCAACUCCACCUCCAACUCUGCUUACGUCGCCCAAACCCAGACCCAGGCUCAAACCCAGGCUCAAACCCAGGCUCAGACUCAGGCUCAGGUCCAGUCUCAUGUCCAGGCCAGCAGUCGGUCCUCCUUUUCAGCCAGCUCCAACCUGACCUCCUCCACUUGCACUACCAACCAGACAGCUGUAAAUACCGCUUGCAAACUCGAUGCCCACGAACUGAUCGAGGAAACCGCCGAGGAACUCGAGCACUCUGAGGUACUAUUCCCGCCACCAUCCCCGCUCAGCCACUUGAAAGGCAAAGCCGUCCAGUCCGGUUUGCAUAGGGCGGAUGCCAUACCCAAGUACCAGCGCAAUUGGACAGUGCUGCCCACCCAGAGCCCCAUACGCACACCGGAGCCACAAGAGCUGCGCGAGAAUGUGCCGCUUGCUUUCGUAGAUGCACCCAAGCAGCCGACGACAAGUGCCAGCUCAGAGACUGUGCACAGACCCAUUGCAAAGGUUUCGACGGCAUCGACGGCUGCUCGAGGCUCGAUUGCUUCGGUUGCCUCGGUUGCUUCGGUGGGUAAGCCAGCGGUGCAGCCGUCGGUGCCCAUCAUAAUUGAAGAUCGAUCGGGUCCAGUAACGAUGGCUUUUCAAUCACUAGAUGAAUAUGAACAGCCCGAUCAGUCGCUGACUCCUACUCGGCCGUACACGCCCUGCUCGUCCGUCUGUUCGAUGAUCAACAAGCCGGCACCCAUCAUACCCUUCUAUCAGACAGAGGAGAAGCUCUGCUUUGAUGAGUGCCCAGCUACGCAUGCGCGCGACUAUGAUCAACGUGCUGCCUCGCCCUUUCCAGAUCGCGCACGCUCGCCAGCGCCUGGACCUCCGCCGAACCCGCUCUCGGCCAUACGAGCGCCACGCAUGAAGGACCCCUCGGAGUCUCAGCUGCUCUCAGUCGGAGGAUCGCGUCUGCAGGCGGGCUCUAUCACCACGGGCCAGAGCUACCAGGGGCAGCUGCUGGCCCACUCCGAGCUCAGCUCGCAGUCGGCUAGCCAGAGCUACAGCCAGCAGCCGGAGAAGUUGACAGAGAUGCGAAUCGGCAAUGUGAAUGUGCAGCAGCGCGAGCAGUCCUCACAGCUGCAGGAACAGAAGCAGUCGCAACUCCAAAGUCAAACCAAGACCCAAAUUGGCAACACACAGAUCGAGCGCAGACGCAAGGUUACUGAGGAGUUUGAGCACACCCAGAGUGCCAAGACCAUCGAGAUACGCACGGGCUCCAGCUCCCAGACGCAGAUAAAGUCACAGUCUCAAUCGCAAUCGCAAUCGCAAUCGCAGUUGAAGUCUCAGUCUCAGUUGCAGUCUCAAUCGCAGUCGCAGUCUCAAUCACAGUCACAGUCGGAGUCUACGGAACGCCGCUCGUCUUAUGGGCGCACGGGUUUCGUGGCCAAUCAGGCCCGUCGGCUCUCUGGGCUGGAGCAGGAAAUUAGCAGCUUAACGACUCAGUCUCAAGCCAUCAGUGCUCGCGCCUCGACGCUAGGCGAGGGCAGCUUCCCACAGCUGCGUUCGCCCACCUUUGAGGAUAAGUUUCCUCUGAAUCCAGCUGCUGUUGAGUCAAGCGUGCCCAACUAUUCAGCAGGGUUGACAGCAGGCAACAAGCUGCUCGGACCUCCACCUGGAUUCAAGCAGCAACAGCAACAGCAGCAGCUGCAACAGAGGUCGGCCUUCAAGUCAACUUCCUCGACUCAGCAACAGCAGCUGACCUCAUCGCUAACAUCAGCUUCAGCAAUUACAUCCGCAUCUGCAUCAACAUCUGCAUCAGCAUCAGCAUCACAAGCGUCGGCCAGUCUAACCAAAGCUUCUGCUAUUACUACCACAACUAAUAAUCAAGCCUGUGCGCAAUUCAGAGGCUCUGGAGCCGCGGGCUCCUCAUUAACAGCUGCGCUGGCCAAGCUGCCAACUGCUUCGGCGCCAAAGCCAACAACAACUACAGUUGCGCCACCCGUCUUUCCGCCCAAUCUAAGCGAGUUGAACUCUAAUGUUGAUGGUUCCACAGGUGCUGGAGGCAAGGGCGGAGCAUUCGGAGCCACCUCGGCGCCAAAGCGUGGACGUGGCAUUCUCAACAAGGCCGCCGGACCAGGCGUUCGCAUCCCACUGUGCAACAGCUGCAAUGUGCAGAUCAGGGGACCCUUCAUUACGGCUCUGGGUCGCAUCUGGUGCCCCGAUCACUUCAUCUGCGUGAACGGCAACUGCCGUCGUCCGCUGCAGGACAUUGGCUUCGUUGAGGAGAAGGGCGACCUCUACUGCGAGUAUUGCUUCGAGAAGUAUCUGGCGCCCACUUGCAGCAAAUGCGCUGGCAAAAUCAAGGGCGACUGCUUGAAUGCCAUUGGCAAGCACUUCCAUCCGGAGUGCUUUACUUGCGGCCAGUGCGGCAAGAUCUUUGGCAACACGCCAUUCUUCCUAGAAGAUGGCAAUGCAUACUGCGAGGCUGACUGGAACGAGCUGUUCACUACAAAGUGUUUCGCCUGCGGCUUCCCUGUUGAAGCUGGCGAUAGAUGGGUGGAGGCGCUGAACCACAACUAUCAUAGCCAAUGCUUCAACUGCACUUUCUGCAAACAGAACCUGGAGGGUCAGAGCUUCUACAAUAAGGGCGGACGUCCCUUCUGCAAGAACCACGCGCGUUAAGCUCAAUCACAGAUCUUAUUGUAUAUGGCUCGACUAUGGACUUCAGGGAUUACGCACACUAACAACCAACAACCAACCUACAAUAACCGACAACAACAACAACAGCACGAUUAGAAAAGCAACAACAGUUCUGAAUUAAGCAUUGAAGCUCAUUAAAGCAAUUAUCAAAUUAAAUGAUGCCUAAUUAAUAUUAA